CUGUGCACACCUGCGGGGCCUUUCCUUAACUUCUUAGGCCCCGCCACCACUCUGAGAACUAGGGGACUGCCAGAUCAAAUAGCUAAGUCCGGGGCCCAGAGGAAAGAAACCAACCAACCAGAAUUCCAAGUGGAACCCCAACCGAUGCACUCAUUUAAAGAGAUUUGCAGCAGUGACAAACAAAAGAAAAGAGACAAGAUAGAGACCCAGCGGAGGAUCAUUCUGCCAACCCCAGGUGUGCCUCUCCAAAGUAAGAUGAUUUUUCAGAAAUUCUAUGUGGCUUUGCUAUAUUGUGAAUUUCUUUAUGUGAUAACUGCACUUAACUUGGCAUAUCCAAUUCCCCCUGGGAGAUUUAAGUUGUCUUGCAUGCCUCCAAACAUCACUGAUGACACCAUCCGUUUGCCUGUGGGAAUCCCAAAGAACACUUCAAGUCUGAAUGGAGAUUAUGUAGCAGUUGAAACUAAAUUCAAUUGGAGUGUUACCUACAUUUCGAAGUUAUCCAAAACAACUUUUCACUGUUGCUUUAUAAAUGAGGAAGGUGCGAACUACUCCACCCAUGCAGACAACAUGGAAGGAGAGACACUUGUUUCAGCAGUAAGUUCCUUUGUUUUCCAACAAUUAGGUGCAAACUGGAACAUACAGUGCUGGAUGAAAGGGGACUUGAAAUUAUUCAUCUGUUAUAUGGAGCCAUUAUUCAAGAAUCCUUUUAAGAAUUCUGACCUUAAGGUUCAUCUUUCAUAUGAUCCGCCUGAAGAGAUAGAGGAUUUGCCCCUGCCCCUUCAGGAAGACAGUUUUCAGACUGUCCAGUGCAGCUGCAGUGUUCAGGAAUGUUGUGAAUGUCACGUGCCAAUACCAACAGCCAGGCUCAAUGGCACUCUUCUUAUGUAUCUGAAAAUUGCUUCUGCUGGAGUGACUUUUCAGUCUCCCCUAAUGUCAGUACAGCCCAUGCAUGUUGUGAAGCCCGAUCCACCAUUAGGCUUACAUAUGGAAAUUACAGAUGAUGGUAAUUUAAAGGUUUCUUGGUACAGGCCAACACUGGUACCAUUCCCACUGCAGUAUCAAGUCAAAUGUUUAGAGAAUUCUACAAGUGUGAGAGAAGCUGAUAAAGUCAUCUCAGCUACUUCCCUGCUAGUAGGCAAUGUGCUUCCUGGAUCUUCCUAUGAAGUUCAGGUGAGGGCUAAGAGACUGGAUAGCUCCGGAAUCUGGAGUGACUGGAGUUCCCCUCGUAUCUUUACCACACAAGAUGUCAUAUACUUUCCACCCAAAAUUCUGACAAGUGCUGGGUCUAAUGUUUCCUUUCAUUGCAUCUACAAGAGUGAAGACAAAAUUGUUUCCUCCAAAAAGAUUGUUUGGUGGGUGAAUUUAGCUGAGAAAAUUACUGAAAGCCAGUACAACAUUGUGAGUGACCAUGUUAGCAAAGUUACUUUUUCCAACUUGAGAGCUACCAAACCUCGAGGGAAUUUUACCUACGAUGCGGUGUACUGUUGCAAUGAACAUGAAUGCCACCAUCGAUACGCUGAAUUAUAUGUGAUUGAUGUCAAUAUCAAUAUAUCAUGUGAAACUGAUGGGUACUUAACUAAAAUGACUUGCAGAUGGUCAGCUGGCACAGUCCAAUCACUUUUGGGAAGCACUGUGCAGUUGAGAUAUCACAGGAGCAGCCUAUACUGCUCUGCCAGUCCAUCUAUUCAUCCCAUAUCUCAGCACAAGGACUGCAUUUUGCAGAGGGAUGGAUUUUAUGAGUGCAUUUUCCAGCCAAUCUUUCUAUUGUCUGGCUACACAAUGUGGAUUAGAAUCAACCAUUCUUUAGGUUCCCUUGACUCUCCACCAGCAUGUGUCCUUCCUGACUCUGUAGUAAAACCACUACCUCCAUCUAGUGUGAAAUCAGAAAUUACUAUAAACAGUGGAUUGUUGAAAAUAUCUUGGGAAAAGCCACUCUUUCCAGAGAAUAACCUUCAAUUCCAAAUUCGGUAUGGCUUAAGUGGAAAAGAAAUACAAUGGAAGGUGCAUGAAGUGUAUAAUCCAAAAUCAAAAUCUGCCAGCCUCCCAGUGCCAGACCUGUGUGCUGUCUAUGCUAUGCAGGUGCGCUGUAAGAGGCUGGAUGGACUGGGCUACUGGAGUAACUGGAGCCAUCCAGCCUACACGGUUGUCAGGGAUAUCAAAGCUCCUACAAGAGGACCUGAAAUUUGGAGAAUAACUAAUGGAGAUAUUACUAAAAAAGAAAGAAAUGUCACCUUGCUUUGGAAGCCCCUGAUGAAAAAUGACUCACUGUGCAGUGUGAAGAGAUAUGUGGUAAAGCAUCAUACUUCCCACAAUGGAACAUGGUCAGAAGAUGUGGGAAAUCACACCAGUUUCACUUUCCUGUGGACAGAGCAAGCACAUACUGUUACAGUUCUGGCCAUCAAUUCAAUUGGUGCUUCCUCUGCAAAUUUUAAUCUAACAUUCUCAUGGCCUAUGACCAAAGUGAAUGCUGUGCAGUCACUCAGUGCUUACCCUUUGAGCAGCAGCUGUGUGGUUCUUUCCUGGACUCUGUCACCCAGUGACUACAACCUAAUGUACUUAAUCAUUGAAUGGAAGAAUCUCAAUGAAGAUGAUGAUAUUAAAUGGCUUAGAAUCCCUUCACAUGUUAAGAAGUAUUAUAUUCAUGAUCAUUUUAUUCCCAUUGAGGAAUAUCAGUUCAGUCUUUAUCCAAUAUUUGUGGAAGGAGUAGGAAGCCCUAAGAUAAUUAAUGGUUUCACCCAAGGUGAAAGUCAGCGGAGUGACGCAGGUCUAUACAUAACAGUGCCAAUAAUUAUUUCUUCUUCCGUCUUACUGCUUGGAACACUGUUAAUAUCACACCAAAGAAUGAAAAAGCUGUUUUGGGAAGAUGUUCCAAACCCUAAGAAUUGUUCCUGGGCACAAGGGCUUAAUUUUCAGAAGCCUGAAACAUUUGAGCAUCUUUUUACCAAGCAUACAGGAUCAGUGGCAUUUGGUCCUCUUCUCUUGGAGCCUGAAACCAUUUCAGAAGAUAUUAGUGUUGAUACAUCAUGGAAAAAUAAAGAUGAGGUGGUGUCUGCAACUAUGGUCUCACUUCUUUUGAAUACCUCAGAUCUAGAAAAGACUUCUAUUUGUAUCAGUGAGCAGUGCAACUGUGCCAAGGUCUCUGAGGCUGAGAGCUCCAAAGUAACCUAUGAACAUGAGUGUCAGAAACAAUCCUCAGUUAAAUAUGCUACCCUGGUUAGCAAUUUGAAGUCAAAUGAAACCAACAGCGAGCAAGGGGUGGUACACAGUGCUGCCAGCAAAUGCUUCUCUAUCAAACACUCUCCACUGAAAGACUCUUCCUCUAACAGUUCCUGGGACAUAGAGACCCAGGCACUUUUUUUAUUACCGGAUCAGCAACCCAACAUGAUCUCACCACAUCUCUCAUGCCCAGGAUUGGACGAGCUUUUGGAACUUCAGGGAAUUUUCCCUGAAGAAAAUCAUAGUGAAAAGUCUGUCUGCUAUUUAGGUGUCACCUCAAUCAAAGAGAAAGAGAGUGGUGUGUGUUUGACUAACAAGUCUGGAGUGCUGUGCCCAUUUCCGGCCCACUGUUUGCUCACUGACAUCAGGUUCCUCCAGGACAGUUGCUCAUGCUUUGUAGAAAAUAAUUUCAGUGUAGGGACUUGUGGAAAUAAGACUUUUGUACCUUAUAUGCCCCAAUUUCAAAGCUGCUCCACCCACACUAGCAAGAUAAUAGAGAACAAGAUGUGCAACCUAACUGCAUGAGCUCUGCAAGAGACUCUGGGUCGGCUCCAUUCUCUACUGUCAUAGAUGCAGGAGACUCUGGUUUCAAAGUGAAUGUUUCCAAAUUAAUGGUGUCUUUUCUCUCUCAAAACCUGUGAUGAAGCCUUCACGAGUGAGGCAAUGAAGGCAUUCUCCUAACCAUGCUGGGAAGGGCUCUUUCCAGCUAAAAUAUAGCCACCAGGUAGCAUGUUUUGCGAAUAUUUAAAGUGUGUAGAACUAAUUGACUUCUGUAUUGCCGUAACACCAAAAAGAAAGGCUUCAAAUUAACAUUUGUGGAAUAUAAUUGUUGUUUCUAAGAUGUAUUUGCUUUACCUUGUUUUGUGUUGUACUAAUUCCCACACUUUCACAUACA